ACCCUCCCUCUUGUCUGUCUCCCCAUCCACAUCUCUCUCUCUCUUCCCAAAACAGAGAAGGAAAAGGAAAGAUUAUGGUUUCCCAAGAAAACAUUGACCCACCAUUCUCAGCCCCCAGGAUCUCAUUCUCUGCAGAUCUUCUUGAUGAGAGCGACUUCAUCUCCAUUAACCCAGAUGGCCAUUUCCACAACCAAGUAACCAAAGCCAAAGAAACCGCAGCGAUGGACCUCGAAAAGAAACCAAGAAACGGUGAGUUCGAGUUCUUGGCCGCCAGCAUGAGUCCCCACAAGAUGAUGAGUGCGGAUGAGCUCUUCUUUGAGGGAAAGCUGCUUCCUUUCUGGCAAAUGCAGCAAUCCCAGAGGCUCAAGAGAAUCACCCUCAAGCCGAAAUCCGGAGACAGUGAAGAAGUCAGAGAUGGAGGUCGAGAUCAAGAGCCGGAUCGAGAAGAGGAAGAGGUGAGGAGCAACAGGAACUACUGUAAUAGUAAUAACAGAGACCAAGAUCAAGAACAGAACAGGGUAAGUUGGUUUCUUGACGACGACCCAUCGCCGAGGCCGCCCAAGUGCACCGUGUUGUGGAAGGAGCUCCUAAGGCUGAAGACCAAGCGGAGGGCUUCGUCCUCCCUCUCGCCCUCGUCCUCUUCAUCGUCCACUUCGUCUUCCUCGAGCUCUCUCGGCGACGUGGCCUCCCUGGACGAGAGGAAGGAGGCCAGAGACAGAGACAGAGACAGGGAGAGCAGCACCAACUAUGUCCAGAGGAUAAGGAAAGGGUUGGAGAGGACGAGAUCGAACAGCAUUAGGAUCAGGCCCAUGGUGAACGUGCCCAUCUGCACGCACGUGAGGAGCGCGAGCGGUGGUGGUGGUGGGUCGUUGCCUCAUCUGUUUCCGCUGAAGAAAGGAAGAGUUUGAGAGAGACAGAAAGCAAGAUGUGGAUGGCGAAGGCGACGAUGAAAGGGAAAGGGUUCGAAUAAGGGAGAGAUGUGAAGAUUUUUUUGUUUAUGUUUUCCUUUGCUUCUGUUUUUCUACUUUUUCGUUUUCAUUUCCGGGUCUGCUAAUUUCGUUGUUACGACGGAUCUGCUGAUUUAGAAUGUGCAUAUGCUGACUUUGUAAUUUGUUUUGUGGAAUUAAUGAUGAUUCAUUCCAUUUUGCUUC